AUGUCCAAGAUAUUCACGGCCAAGGACGUCGGCGGGUAUAAGGACGAGCAGAGCGGCAUGUACAUCAUCAUCGACAGCGGCGUAUACGACAUCACAAACUUCCUCGACGAGCACCCGGGCGGCGCCAAGAUCCUCAAGCGCAUGGCCGGCAAGAACGCGACCAAGAGCUUCUGGAAGUACCACGGCAAGAACGUGCUCGAGAAGUACGGCGGCAAGCUGAGGGUCGGCGACCUGGCUGAGACAGCGAAGUUGUGA